AGUUCAGUGAGAUCUAACAGACAGACUGUGGCUCUCGACACUUCCUGAGCGAACACAAGCCGCUCUGGUUCACGCAUUAGAAAUGCAGGACUCCAAAAAUAACUAUGACAGUUUCGAGCACAGGCUGUGGACGUUAAUAGGGGGUGUGUGGCACUUGUUGAUGUUAAUGUUGUUAUGAAGAAGUGUUUGUCCUGUCUGACUAGUUAAGGAUCAGUACAGCGAGCAGGAGCUGCCCGUUUCUCCCACACUGACUCAGUGGCGCCUACAUUCCCUUCCCUUCCACUCCACAGCACACUCAGCCAUAUUGCUGCUACUCGCAUCGGACUCUACCUUUACCCUUUUACCCCUGGCUGCACGGAAAAGCGUCCGAAAAGUUGGAAGGGCCCAGAAGAAGCACACAGACUAACUCGAUAGCGUGAUUUGGAUUUUACAUUUCACUGUUGUCACUGAGAGAGUCUCCGGUCGCUGCGCGGUUGCUGCCCAGAUUAAACGCCGCCCGCCCGUCGCUGUGCUGGGUUACUGAAAGAUGGUGGACCGCUUGGCAAACAGCGAGGCCAACUCCAAGCGCAUUGCGGUAGUGGAGAGCUGCUUCGGCACGGCCGGUCAGCCACUGGCCAUCCCAGGCCGCGUGCUCAUUGGAGAGGGCGUGCUCACCAAACUGUGCCGCAAAAAGCCCAAAGCGCGCCAGUUCUUCCUCUUUAACGACAUCCUGGUGUACGGCAACAUCGUCAUCCAGAAAAAAAAGUACAACAAGCAGCACAUCAUCCCGCUGGAAAGUGUCACCAUAGACACGGUGGCGGAUGAGGGAGAUCUGCGCAACGGCUGGCUCAUCAAAACCCCCACCAAGUCUUUUGCGGUGUACGCCGCUACAGCCACGGAGAAGUCAGAGUGGAUGAGCCACAUCAGUAAGUGCGUGUCGGAUCUGCUGGAAAAGAGCGGCAAGUCGCCCACCGGCGAGCAUGCGGCAGUGUGGGUGCCGGACUCGGAGGCGUCCGUCUGUAUGCGCUGCCAGAAGGUGAAGUUUACCCCCGUCAGCAGGCGCCACCACUGCAGAAAGUGCGGCUUCGUGGUGUGCGGGCCCUGCUCCGAGAAAAAGUUCCUGCUGCCCAGCCAGUCGUCCAAACCGGUCCGUGUGUGCGAGUUCUGUUACGAGCAGCUCUCCACAGGGGCCACCCUACCAGUCCGCUCGAACUCCUACAGCCUCCUACCACCUAGCAGCAAAUUCGGCCCCAGCAUCUCUGAUGACGAGGAUGAAGACGAUAGCAGUGACUGAGGGCGGUGAACCUGCCUUUUGCUCUUUUAGGACUAUGAUCUUCUUGUUUAGAGUCCCAUGUGCUUUAGUAUCUCAUUUUCCAUGGAAAGGUUUGAAAUUAGCAAAGAUUCUACAAUCUUUUGCCAUGAUUUUACUCUUUAGGUAACAGUACCGAUGAAGUAGCAUAGUAAACACACUCUGAAUGUAUUCACACCAUGUGCACAUGGAUAAAAUGCGCAGUAGGAAUCCUGAGGUUCUGCAUAUAACUAAACAUUACUCGCAGGGUGAGCGUCCUGCCCUUUGCAGACACCAUUUGACACCUCUUUGACAGCCCACUACAGGAAAAAAAUGAAUGCAUUAAGACAGUGGUUCUCAAACCGCUCCUCAGGGACUCUGAGAUGGUCCAGAUUUUUUGCUCCAAUCUAACUGCAAUACGCAGGGAUACAUUAAAAAUGUGGGCUGUGUGGGGGUCCCUGAGGACCAUUUUAGAACCACUGCAUUAAGAUAUUAACCUUCAUUGCUAAUUCCAGCCUCUGUGUAUACUCUAUGUAUAGGUGCUUUUAUUGUCUUUUUCCCUAUUUCCUUUUUCUUUUUGUUAUUAAUGAAUCUAUAAGUGGAGCAUGUGUCUGCUACGAUGCUGCUGUUUCUGCAGGGACGAUUAAGUUCAGCUGUGUCUGUAUGCUGACUGCAAAAUCUUUCAGGUAAAACUGUCUGGUUCCUGUUGUGUAGAUUUGUAACAGUAUUUUUCUAGAUGUACCCUUAUCAGGACCCGCGUUUUACACAGCGGAGAUAACAAACCAAUAAGAAAAGUAUGCAUAUUUUGGUAGGUCUGUAUGUAAAACUUUUUAACUUUAUCUAUUUGGUCAGUUGAUGCGUCAAAUUUUUGCUAGUGACAAAUCGGUGAGAAGCUUUUUGAGUUGUAAUCAAGUUCUUAAAUGUAUAUAACGUGGAAAAUAGAUAGUCAACACCACAACGUAAUUGGACAAAGGCCUUGAUUGCCGUAGUGCCUUCUUAAAUAUUUUUCUGUAGAAAAUGACUGAACUUAAGAAAGCUAUUUUUGCAGCUUAUCAGUGAUCAGAGAAGUCUGCCUCCAUCGUCAGGUCCGACACAUCUUUGCGAACUAACUGGUAGAGCUGGUGAACAAUAUAGAUUUAGCCAUUUCUCCAUGCGCAGUCCAUUGUUUUUACUUUUGCAGUGAUGUCCUAAGAUUGCAGGCUUAAAAGAUCCUGUUGGUUCCCCACUGCGUGGCUACAGUCCGACUUCUAGUCUGAAUCCUGGCUCAGCGCUGAGCUUUUGUGUUGCUUAGCAGAACUGGGCACUGUCUGUCAACAGGGGCUAAAGCCGUCCUCCCCUUUCCCCUGAAUCCUUAUUGGAUGAGGGACUUUGUGUUACCAUGGCUACACACGUGGCUGUGGCGGUCAUUCCUACAAGUCUCAGAAUGGGAAUUGAGAUGCAGAGCAUUAUGAGGAAGUAACCUCCACACAGCCUUGACUUGUUCUACAUUUGAAUCACACAUGACUCAAUGCACUAACACUCGGAAUUUCAGGUGAAAGUGUUUCAUUACUAAUGUAAGACUGUUACGAUCUAGCUAUGCUAAUGUGUGCAGUGUGGUGUUCAAGUGAGACUUACAAGACGAAUCUGCUUUUCCCAGCCUUGAAAACUUUGCAUCUCAGUAAGGACACUGGCUUGAUUUGUUGGGCAGGUUUGCUGUGUUUGUAUUCAUUACAUUUACAGGAACCUUUAUGAAACUGACAUUCAAAAGGGAAAUCAAGUGAACUGAAUAAUUAAUAUGCAAUUUAAAAUGGCAUGUGUUUUCUCAUGAUGUUCAUAUAAGGUUGAGCAGUGUGAUCAAUUUUUUGUCUUUUUCAGAUUAUAUGUAAAUGAGUUAUUUAGAAAUGAGUUUCUGUACUUGAUCUCAAAGGUAAUAAUCUAAUUUUACUUUUGAAUAACAUUGGACUUUAGGAACUACAUUGCCACAUGUCUGUCCAGUGUUUUUUGUUUUUUUCUCAGCCCCCUUUGAUAUGAAAAAUUGAAUCCUGCCUGUUGUAAAUUUUGUACAGUUUCUUUUGUUUCUUUUUUUUGUUUUUUUGUUAUUUCCUUUUGGGGACUAGUAUUGACUUGCAGCUCUUUCUGCAUUUGUGUGGGUGUUUCCUGAACACUUCUGGAUCAGCUACCAGCACUUUAUUCCUUCUGUUAGCUGGGAUGAGGGCACCCAGACUAGUCGCUGCAGAGGAAAGUCUCUCUUAUCGAUUACUAAUCAGGCUCUUUGGGAGCCGGAGCAGAACACACCUGAGAAUGAGUGUAUCUGUUGGAUUCCCCACCACAGACUCAUGCGCUGAAGACGAGUUACGCUUGGGCUGUAUUUCUUACUUUAAGCACUCAGUCAGGUCAGCACGUCCGUUUGAUGCUACAGUAGAGGUGAUGUAAUUAUGCUUUCACUGGGCUGUCUGGCUACUGCAUUUGAAACACUUAGGGUUGGUUUCCCAGACAUGAUGAGUUACCUUUGGAAAUCUUUCUUAGUCUAGUUUUAGGCUUAAUCUGGAUCUGGGAAACUGGCCUUUACUCUGCCAGUACAUCUCUCCCAUAACAUCAGCCUGUGGUGGUGCAUUCAACAAGUGCACAUGGCCAGAUGGGCUGUGACUUAAGCACAGGGGCAAAAAAACUUGACUUUGUGUUUAUCAGCCUUUUUUCCCUUGUUUAUUUAAUUUGAACCCUUCAAGUCUAAUGUAAUUCCCUCAUUUUUGGGUGAAUUUUGGUUGUUUUCUCAGUGUUUUUUUUUGUUUUUUUUUGUUUUUUUGUUUCCACCCCUUUUCAUCUGUCAGUCUUGUCAUUUUAAUAUUCAUUUAAAAUGUUGAAAGGGCUCAAAGUUGAAUGUAAUCAAUCAUAUCAUUGUUAGAUACUAAUUUUCAGGAAAAAAAUACACAUAUAUAUAUAUAUAUGUGUGUAUAUAUAUGAAUUGGUUAAAAACUGUCUCUUGUCUUUUCUACCACUCCGAGAGAUGGAUUUUUGGUGCGAACAACAGAUAUUGUGGCAGGAGAAAGAAUGGAUGUAGGAAAAGCAGCGACAAAAUACUUGAGGACGGAUUAGACUUCAGCCUUCUCCUGAGCCGGACGGCGUGAGAGCUAAUCGGUCAGGCACUGCUCAGUCUAUUUGUGAAACAAACAACAGCCACGCCAUCCUGGCCUGCUAAUCCUUCGCUAGGUUGCAGGUUAGGAGUUGAGUGCGGAGUUACAGCGCACAGCCUCGCGCUCUUUAUUCUAAAAGUAAAUGUGGACUGAGGAUCAGCCUAAUGUGUUUGAUCCUGCCUGUAGGGGGCUGUUUGAAUUUUUCAUCUAGGACAGGGAUGCCCAUCCUGGGGGCCGGAUUCACAAACGGGUCUUAAGAAAGAAAAUCUUCUUAAAUGUGUGUUUUUUCUUAACUCUUAAGAAUAAUUUUAAGAACAGGUGGUAUUGUUCUUAAAAUGUUUGCUUAACCUUACGACAGCCUCACACUUGUCUUAGGCUGUAAGAGUUGACAAGGUGAGCGUCUAAAUUGAUCACAGACGCUGUCUCUUCUACUCCUGCCCAUCCUUUUCCAUCCCACCAUAUUUAAUCAUACUUUCCAAUGAGGAUAUUUUUUCCUGUUGGCUGUUUCUUCCACCAUUACCGUAGUUGUUGUGUUUUACCUCCGUUUUGCUGUCCUCUGAUAGUUAUUUAGUUAUUUAUUUAUUUAGUUAUUAAACUAAAUAAUGGAAAUAACAGUUAAUACAAAUUCAGGAUGUAUCUCUGGUCGUUUACGGUACAUGGUAAAAUGCAACGUAGCAUAAUAAGAAAACAAUGAAGAUUUGUCUUAAGAACCUUCACAAGUUUUUUCUAAGGAAAGCUUUCGUGAAUCCGGCACCUCCUCUUAGAGAGUUUAGCUCCAACCCUAAUCUAACAUCUCCCCUGUUCUAGGAAUUCAGGAACCUCAUUUAGAGGCUCAUGGUGUGUCUGUUAAUUCUUUUUUUUCUUUCCCAAGUUGCCCUCUACAGCAGUAGUUUUUAACCCGGACCUCAAGGUCCAGCAGAUGGUCCACAUUUUUCCUUCAUUUCAUCUCUGUGUUGUGAGUUGGGUUUAAGCAAGAAUAUGGUGGACUCUGCGGACCAGUUUGAGAACCACUGCUCUACAGGAUCAAAUUCUUGUAAUCACUUUUGCCCACCUCUAAAACAUCUUUUGAUUGCAUCACCGUGCACCAGUAGGGGGUGGGGGAGGAAUAUUAACAGAUAAUAUAUUUCAGCUCCUCCUCCCACCACCCCCAACUAUCAUCUAGAGAAAACUUUCAUCUAGCUGAGAGAUGCUUGGUGACCCUGUGUUUCAGGAAUAAUAAGUUAUGAUAUGCCAGGAAAGUAAGAUUUGAAGAAAGCCACUUAUCAAGCUCUUGUGUCUCUAUAACCAAAUCCAUUCGCAAUGUAGUUCUCCUUCUCUGAAAUCUUACGUCACAUCUUGACUCCUUGACCCUUAAAGUUAUUAUUCAUGUAUUAAACUCAAGCGUAUUGUUCAGUAACUAAUACGAAAGUGAAACUAGGAAGCCAGUCACAGUUUUUAUAGUCACAGUUAUUUGAUGGAAAAAUAAACUUUGGACUUUGGUCCUUAGAAUAGGCCUUAGGCUCUGAAAAGCUCUGUGUGUCUUAAAAUGUUGGCAUUUCCUUCUUGUGUAAAUGUGAAGAAUGCCUGGAACUCAUCACAGAUGUGUUAUCAAAGUAGCAGACUUAUUUAUCGUGAGCUGUCACUUUCCGUAACCUAGUAGGAAAUUCAGGAAGGUGACAUUCUUCCACUAGGUGCCCUCUGCUUUGUAGCUUUACGAUUGAUAAGAGUGGCUUGUUCCUUAAAGGAAAUAAGUGCUUUAAGGUCUGAGAUAUGUGUACGUGUGUGUAAAGCACCUGGGUAAUUCUAGGAAAAAACAGUUCCAUCAACCGGAAGGUAGAAAAGAAUGUAUUAAAGCAAUGGAAAAGAUGAGAGCAAUGAAAAACCCUUUAUUGACCCUUAAAUUUAAAGCUAGUCAGAUCAGUGCCUACAUGAAUGUCUCUUGUGCAAGGAAUAAAUGUGUGUUUGAAAGAGAGAACAAAUCAAUAUGCAUGUGAAAGAGACGAGGGCAAGAAAUAGCAGGAAAUCAAAAUGAUAACUCAGUGUGGUUUUCUAAUAUAACAUUGUUACAGUUAAGGCUGCCCCCUGCUGUCCUUUACACUCUUUAUAUUCACCUCAUUUUGCCUUUCAUUACUUUGUAUAAAAACGCCAAACCAUCCUACAUCCUUCAUUCUGGUUAAAUUGUUCUUAAUCUAGAUGAACGCUGCAUAUUUAGUAACUUGCUUAUACAGUGAUCUUUUCCUGAUGCAGGCUAUGAAGACGGCUUUAUUUAAAAAAGGUACUUAAAUUCCAAAAAUAGGUUGGGAUGCAGCAAAUUAAGACUAGGAAUGUUGUAAAAUGUUCAAAAAACACCUUAAGCAGGUGAUGUGGCUACAAAAAGAGCACCCAGAAGGCCUCAUCCUCUAUAAACAAACAAAUAAUCUAGCUAUUCAAGAACAACAUUCUUGAACGUUCAACGCUCAACCAAAACUGCAAAUGAAAGCCCGUGACCUUUGAUCUCUCAGACGCCACUGCAUGCUUCUGUGCUGAUAACACUACAUGGGCUCAGGAAUACUUUGACAAACCGCUGCCAAUAAACACUGUUCAUCACUGAAUCCACAAAUACAUGUUGAGACUGUACUAUGCACAGCUGCAUAUUUCUCUGGGCUACAGUAUCUGUACAAUCUGUAGAGGUGUAAAAUGUAAAAUCUGUAGAGGGGUAAAAUGUAAAAAUGUAAAAUCUGUAGAGGUUAGGUCAAAAAUAGCUUUCCAUAAGCUUCCUGUAAGUCUUAUCUCCAUGUCUAAGCUGUAGUUAAUACAUCAGUGGGCAGUUGCAGAGAAUAUCUUGUGCCAGUUUUAGCCUUAAGUUUUACUUCCACCUUAAGUGAGCUGCAUUUAAUCUCUAUAAGGGAAUAGAGAAAAGUGGAAAGAGUAAUAAUAAUAAUAAUCAUAAAAUAGUUUUCAGAUCCUAACAUAUAAAUAUAUCUAUUCGCCUUAUACAUCAGCAAUUCGUGGCGUUCUAGAUCAGCUGAUCAGAUGACCAAACUGAAGGAGAGAAUCUCUUCAGAGUCCAGAGGCUGUUUUGCUCCGUAUCAGUACUAUAGUAUGAAAAAUGAGGAGCCAGGAGAAUCACGAGUGAACGAGUGAACGAGUGAACAAUCGACCUCUCCGUAGUAGCGCCCCCUGCUGAAGAAUAUAGUAAAAACAGCUCCAGCAUCCUCGCUGUAGAGUCAUCUGGGGUCGACCCAGCAGGCCUACUUUGGAAAGUAAUAAGUGCUGUAAGUAAUGACUCAGACAUGAGUGAUGCCUUCAUAUCUAUAAGGUGCAGCACUAUCUGCUUGUAUCAUGCCUUUAAAAACACUGUUGGGACAGAACUGCUGUCCCAAACUGAAUGUGUUACAGCGCUAAUCUGUGUGAUUUAUAGCUGAAGUCUCACAUCCUAAUUGCUUAAUCAGUUCCCUCAUUUACAAACACUUAAACAGCUAAUAAUACAACUAAUAAAAUUUACACUACGUUUUGUGCACUUUACUGAAAAGUUUCUAUUCUUACUUAACACACACCAACGCAACAACACACAUGAAACACACACACAUGCCUUUAAGUAGACGAACAGCAGCACUGCAUAAGUAGUCCCUUUCUAACGGAGGCACACCUUCCAUGAGCCCCUUUGCGCGGCUCUCUGCGAUGCCAGCUCCUGAUUGGCUGAGUGGCCGUCACCACAAUGUUGUCACUGUCGGCACAAAAUCUUGUACCUACAACCUUUUGAUGUUUAUUCCUUCUACUGUAAAGUUGUCAUUUACUAUAAAAGCUAAGGUCUAUAAGACAUGUUUGGCCCUGUUUUCAAGCAAGUCCACUCAAACUUUGUGGACUUCUUCUGUCCAGUAGCUGGGAAGUUCUCUUAAGAUUCAUGCAAAUUCUACUGAUUGCUAAUUAAAUUCUCAGCUGCAUUAUUCUUACCUCGUACUUUUACUCUUGCUUUUCACCAAAUGCACUGUCCCCUCCAUUCCUGCUUUAUAAUGAUCGUCUCAUUCCUUGUGUUACAGUUAAUAACAGAGAGCAAUAAAAUAUUCACACUAAAUAACUGUAUUUAGAUUCCCUGAGAUGAAAUGUAUGAAGCAGCUCAUUCUCUAUCACUGAAUAUGUGGCUUUGAGCAGAAAUAACUGACUCACAGCCAGAGGAACAUUGCAUGGGGUUACCAAGGCAACUUCAUCUAUCCUACAAAAAGCCUGUCUAGGAUGGGAGAUAAACAACAUUAGUUUGAGAGCCAUAAAGUCUGGAACACAGAAAUGGCCUGUCCUAAAUAGUAAAGGCUUUUAGAACUAGGAAUAGUUCACAAUACCAGUGCUUUACAAGCCAUCUUUGGUGUUUGAGAGAGAAAACUGAAAGAACAAAACAAAGACACAAUGAUCAUUGAAUUAAUGGAACAGUUUCACCGCAGAGUUGGAGGAACAGUCAUUUAAUGAAUUAAUGUGACAACAGGUUUAAUUCUUUUUAGCAAUUUGGGUCUACAUAUGUGUGCCGUUAUCUGUGCUCACAGAAUAAAGCAGAAAAUAAUGGA